UUUGGAGAGCCCGCUGUGGCGGCGGCAACAUGGCGGACAUGCUAAGUGUCGGAGUGAACCUGGAGGCCUUUGCCCAGGCCAUCAGUGCCAUCCAGGCGCUGCGCUCCAGCGUGAGCAGGGUGUUCGACUGCCUGAAGGAUGGCAUGCGGAACAAGGAGACGCUGGAGGGCCGGGAGAAGGCCUUCAUUGCGCACUUCCAGGACAACUUGCAUUCGGUCAACCGGGACCUCAAUGAGCUGGAACGUCUGAGCAAUCUGGUAGGCAAGCCAUCUGAGAACCAUCCUCUCCAUAACAGUGGGCUGUUGAGCCUGGAUCCUGUGCAGGACAAAACUCCUCUCUAUAGUCAACUCCUGCAAGCGUAUAAAUGGUCAAACAAGCUGCAGUACCACGCGGGUCUGGCGUCCGGCCUUUUGAAUCAGCAGUCCUUGAAGCGCUCGGCUAACCAGAUGGGAGUGUCCGCCAAGCGGAGGCCGAAGGCUCAGCCCACUACUCUUGUCUUACCGCCUCAGUAUGUUGAUGACGUGAUCAGCCGCAUUGACAGGAUGUUUCCUGAAAUGUCCAUCCACUUAUCCAGGCCCAAUGGCACAUCAGCAAUGCUUCUGGUGACCUUGGGAAAGGUGUUGAAAGUGAUCGUCGUCAUGCGGAGUCUGUUCAUUGAUCGAACAAUAGUAAGGGGAUACAGUGAGAAUGUCUACACAGAAGACGGCAAGCUGGAUAUAUGGUCCAAAUCCAACUAUCAAGUAUUCCAGAAGGUGACAGACCACGCCACCACCGCCCUGCUGCACUACCAGCUGCCCCAGAUGCCGGACGUCGUGGUCAGGUCCUUCAUGGCUCCCUCUCUCGCUGCGGCUGAAGCUCCCUUCUCAGUGCAUGCUGGGAAGGCUGCCAGUUAGAGACCUACUGGAAGACCUACCUGUUAGCAAGUCCAAAUCAGUGUUGACAGCCAGGUGGAGUAGUGCUCAGCCCCGUCAUCACGUCAGUUUGCCUCAGCAAGUGAGCUUCUUAGCGAACCCGCAGUUCAUUUCUUGGAAGACAAAAGCCCGACUUAUUGAUCAGCCUCAGGGCGCUGCGGGGUGAGCGAGCAGCCCCGGGGGCACGGCAGAGCCGCGUGAGGGGCUCUCUCGUGCAUUGGGAGGAUGGUCCUCCAACAGCCUCCGCGAGCUCUUCCUUUUUGGACAGAUCGAGGGUCUUGCUUUUUAACCUAACAUGUUGUCAUGCCCAGUUUCCCUUUGGUAACUGACUCUGGGAUUUGGGGAGGCUCUGGCUUUGGUCGCCACUGGAGGAUCAACAGUCCAGCUGAACGGUCAUCGACCGCCGCGCACUUACAGCCAGAACCUCGGCCACCUGGCCGUUGGAAGGGGGAUGGCAGCGAUGGGCCACAGUCGGCCACCACCAAGGCAGCUGUGAUGGAGACAGAGGAUUUGUAUCAAUAAACUCGACCUCCCUCUUGAAAGAACAAUUUUCUCUUAUCGACAUAAUUCAGGAGGACAUUAAAGGAUGAGAUUCAUGUG